AUGGAAAAGAGCAAAAUGGAACCAUCUCAGGCUGAAGAUCCAAAUUUUGCGAACACAAAAGUUGGUAAAGGGUAUCUCGAACGGGACAAAGGCAUUAAGAAGGAAGAAGACGACGGAAUUGUCGAGUUCAGAUGUAUUAAGAACAACAAAAAUCGAGAAGAACUGAAACAUCUUAUUGAUCUAAAAUGAAUUAUAGCAAAGCAAUUGCCCAGAAUGCCUAAGGCCUACAUUGUCAGGCUUAUCAUGGACCGGAUCCAUGAGAGCAUCAUCAUUCUUAAGAAAGUGGGAGAGGAUAAAGAAAAAGAGCUUAUUGGAGGUGUCGUCUAUCGGCCAUUUUAUGACCAAAAGUUCUUCGAGAUCGCCUUCUUAACGAUUGUCACAACCGAGCAGUACAAGGGAUACGGUACGAGGAUCAUGAAUGUUCUGAAGAACUACGCCCAGAGUAAAGGGAUUGACUACUUCGUAACUUAUGCUGAUAACCAUGCUAUUGACUAUUUUAAGAAGCAAGGCUUCUCGACUAAGCUGAGGAUCCCUGAAGAGCAGUAUAAGGGAUAUAUCAAGCAUUACGACGGAGGAACUAUCAUGGAUUGCUACAUAAACAAAUACAUUGAUUUUAAGAAUAUCUCUCAGAUCAUGAAGAAGCAGAAAGAGUUCAUUAUGAACGUGAUAUCUAACAUUGCGCAUAAGAAGAUCUAUAAACCUCUUGAUUUUUCAAAGAAGUCUUCUUACAGUUUUGAUGAAAUCCCUGGCUUGAAAGAAGCAGGAUGGAAUGAAGAUGACUAUAAGAAUUCUAUUGAAGAUGAUAAGACAUUUGACCAAUACUGAGUGUAUAUCACUGAGAAAAUAAAGGCGCAUAAAUCAUCAUGGCCAUUCCUGACUCCAGUGAACAAAGAUGAAGUGAUUGAUUACUAUGAUGUAAUUAAGGAGCCCAUUGACUUAGAGACGAUAUCCAAGAACAUAGAGAAUGGUAAAUACAAAGACAUGGACACUUUCGAGUCUGAUGUCAUGAGACUUUUCAGCAACUGCAAGCAGUAUAAUGACAAAGACACUAUCUUCUACUUGCUGGCGUCGGGUUUGGAGGAGUACAUCAUCCCUCAUAUAAAGAAGAUGCGGGAGAAGUUUGCUUCUUAG